AUGAGUGGCGAGUGUGGAUGUAGCGAGUCUGCAGUUAGCGAGUCUGCAUUAGCUGGUGCAUUGGUGGUGCAGCACGUGCAUCUUGCGAGCAGUGACAAAGGAAUUGGUGGUGCAGAAGGGGAGGAGGAGGAGGAGGAGGAGGAGGAGGAGGAGGAGGAGGAGGAGGAGGAGGAGGAGGAGGAGGAGGAGGAGGAGGAGGAGGAGGAGGAGGAGGAGGAGGAAGAGGAGGAGGAGGAGGAGGAGGAGGAGGAGGAGGAGGAGGAGGAGGAGGAGGAGGAGGAGGAGGAGGAGGAGGAGGAGGAGGAGGAGGAGGAGGAGGAGGAGGAGGAGGAGGCCACUGGGUAUGGAGUUGCAGGAAGGAGGGAAUGCACAUGGGCCCUCUUUGGGCUGCUACAGCAGCUGCCCAUGAACAGUAGCACGUGCUGCUACAGCCAGGUACCCGACGACUCAUGCGGCUUCAGUGGCUCCAAACUGUCCACGUCAGCGCAGGUGAAUGGGUCACGUGAGUCCAAUGCCAGCUUCUCCAAGCACUACACAUCAGAAUAUCUUCCACGAGGGUAUAACGCCUGGAAUGUAGUCAUCCCCCACCGCCACGUUAUCCCAAACGAAUGUUGA